AUGACUUCCAGCGACAGCUCCGACAAUGAGACCCCUGUGGCAUACGACGCCUACCGACCAACGAAGAGGCAGAAGGUUGGAGAGGGCUCGACAACGUCUUCCGCUGCUGUUCAUGAGCCAGACCACGAGCCUGAAGCUGAGCCCGAGCCCGAGGUCGAGGCAGAGGUAGAGGCAGAGGUUGAACAUGAAGCGGAACCUGAGCCCGAAGCCGAUCCUCUCGAUGGCAUGUCCGACGUGUCUGAGGAUACCGAAGGCGACAUCCCCAGCUCACCCAUCAACGCGCGCCUAGACGAAGAGGAUUUCCAGGAACAAAUCACACACUGCGCAUGGGAUGGCUGCGACGCUGGCGACUUUGGCAACAUGGAUAAGCUCGUCGAGCAUAUUCACAAUGAUCACAUCGAGAGCCGACAGAAGAAAUACACGUGCGAAUGGAAUGGGUGCAACCGGAAGAGCAUGGCGCAUGCCAGUGGGUAUGCGCUCAAGGCUCACAUGAGGAGCCACACGCGAGAGAAGCCGUUCUACUGCUAUCUACCAGAAUGCGACCGGGCGUUUACGAGAUCAGACGCGCUGGCAAAGCACAUGCGCACCGUGCACGAGACCGAGGCGCUGCGACCGUCUGACCCGGUACCCAAGUCGAUGCAGUCCGGUCCCGCGAGCAAGAGCAAGCUCAAGAUCAUUAUCAAGACGCCACAAUCCCACGCGGCAGGCCAGGAUGACUCGAUCAACGGCGAUGAUGAUGCUGAGCUCUCCUCAGACCUCUUCACAGCUCUCACCGAAGACCAGGGCUUCACAAGGAGGGAGCUCGAUAUGCCCCUAGACAAACUCUACAAACUCUGCCGCGCCCAGGUCAGGUGGGCCAGCGAUGAAACAAAGGAGCUUCAGGAGGAGAUCAAGACUCUCGAAAUCGAAUACAAGAAGCAGUGGCAAGAGAAGGAAGUGCUUCUGUCGCAAGUCAUUCAGAGCGAGGCCGACUGGCACGACAGGCGCAUGGCUGUUCUUUCGGGUGCGGCAGAUGUCCGGGUGCCAGGCAUUGUCGAGAGCCAGGAGAUGUCUGAGCUGGCGAACGGCACCAACGCCCCCGAUACGCGGGAGAAGUCGGAGGCGCCGGCCCUGGCCAACGGCGAGAACAGCGAGGUUGCUUCACAGGCUUAA